UUAAUAAAUGUAAAUCGCACAUAAAAAGGGCAUUUAGCCCUUUUGGCAUAAAAUGAAUGGGGUUAUAGUUUUGAGUAAGAAUAACUCGAAUGAAGGCUCUAUAAGCAGUGCUGCCACAACACCGGGAGCUUUGUCGACUUUUGACGAAGAGGGACUUUUGGUACCUUUUUUUGUUAGUCAAAAAAAUCAGGGGAAAUGGGCCAGUCUCGCGAAAAAAUGCAAGAUUCCGCUUGGGCAAAUACCCUGGGCCAUAUUAUCCACCAGUAUUUUACAGCUAAUCUUUCAUAUCUUUUCCGACAAAACUCUCCAACGUCACCUACGAUUUGAGCCGAAAAAACAAAAAGAAGUGUGGCGCUUCUUCAGUUACAUGCUGGUACAUGACGAUUGGUACCACCUCGUUCUGAACAUUUUGAUGCAAUGCCUAUUCGCGUUUUUCGUGGAAAAGAAACAGGGCAAAUGCCCCGUGCUAGCAGUUUACAUCUUAGGAGGCGGGACGGGAGUCCUUGGAGCGUCCUGCGUCCACCCAGACCUCGUCAUUGGUGCGUCCGCAGGAGUGUAUGCUCUAUUGAUAUCCAUGAUAGCUGAUAUUGCAUUGAACUUUGAGGUUAUCAAAUACAAAAUGUCUCGAAUAGCGUGCAUAGGGAUCAUAGUCCUCUCCGACAUCAUCUACAACGUGGUGCAUUUCUGUUCGAGGGACGAACCUUUAAUAUCCUGGGGCGCCCAUAUCGUAGGUGGCGCUACUGGCUUUCUCGUGGGUCUCGUGAUUUUUAAAAGGAGCAACGAACCACUGUCCAAGCGUCGCAACAAAAUUUUGUUUUGGGCGGCAUUAAUUUUUUAUAUUUGUCUGUUGAUUUCUCUAGUUACCUUAUCGUUGCAAAUUAAAAAAUGUACGCCUGCUAACAGCUUUAAAAAAUACGUUUAUUUUUGUUGAAAUAAGUUGAAGUUAAUAUUGGGCAUUUCAAUUAAAAUAAGACUGAAAAAAGGUUCAAUCUUUUGUACUUUUAUAAAAAAAUACAUAUGCCUGCAUUGUGUAUUGUAAUAAUAUUAAUUAAAUAAUCA